AUGGGUAAUAAAGUGACCACUUUUACUGACCAACAACUUGAAAAUUAUCAAGAUUGCACUUAUUUUACCAGAAAAGAGAUUUUAACAGUAUUUCAAAGAUUUCGUGAAUUAGAUCCCAAAAGAGUGCCGCAAGUGAUGACCUGCGAUGAGUCUCAUACUAUAGCGGUUCCCAUCGAGAAGAUCGAGAAAUUGCCGGAAUUGAAAGAAAAUCCAUUUAAGACACGCAUAUGUAAAGUGUUUUCACACGACGGCAGCGGAAAUAUGACAUUUGAUGACUUCCUCGACAUGUUAUCGGUAUUCAGUGAACAGGCGACCAGAGAUGUCAAAGCUUUCUAUGCCUUCAAAAUAUAUGACUAUGACGACGACGGCAUUAUUAGUGUACAAGACUUGCAGCAAACGGUAACAGAAUUGGUAAGAAAUGAGUUGACUCACGAAGAAGUGUCCAUAAUAUGCGAGAAAGUGCUCGAAGAGGCCGACAAUGACGACGACCGUAGAGUAUCUUAUAUGGAGUUCCAACACGUUAUCACUCGAGCGCCGGAGUUCUUGAGUACAUUUCAUAUGAGAAUAUAAUGGAAGAC